GCAGAAUUUCUUAAGACAUGUAAGAGUCGGGCCUCAUCUGAUCGCUAUUCAAUUGUCGUAAUAUAUCGCUUAAGACAAUAAUGAUACAGCUUCUACAAGUACUAGUAGGGUGAAAGUCCCUUUUUCCCAGCAGGGCCCUGAGUGUGGGGUUUCAAACCCGACACGGCUGACUUUCUGCAAAGGUUGCAAAUAUAAUAUGAAGGCUUACCGAGCCAAAAAUAAGGCGGAAAAGAUUCAAAAAGCGAUGGAGAAAGGGUCGAAGUAUGCAUGGUCCAACAACAUCCAUCACAUUUGGAACAGGAUACAAAAAGACUUGGCUUCAUUAUCAUCAGCUGGGUUUCAUACAGCCUUGUUCUGGUUUACCGAUGCAAGCAAUGGCAAGAGAAGAAGAAGUGGACACAGAGAGGUGUGCAGUGCCAUGAAAAGUGCACUGGCAGGUGAAGGGGGAUCAAAUUUUGGUGUUGCGUUAAUGGAGCUGUAUGACUCAGAGGUCAGGAAAGAACGCCAUCAAAGUGUUGAUGUUUCAGCAGAAAGUGACCAAACUGCUACGACUGGAGUUGGAUCAGCCCAGAAAAUCUUGGAAAGUCUAGAAAUGGGAGGAGAUGUUGAUCCUGAAUUGUUUGAAAGACAAGAAAUGACAACAUACUCCGUUGAUCCUGUCAUUGAAUUUGAUGAAUCAAAGAGGAGACGAAUGGAAAUACAGCCUCCAUCUCCAUGCACUAGUAGUGAAAAUAGGCCCAGUGCAAGGUCAAAAGCCAUAGCUGAUAAAAAUGAGAAGAGAGGAAAAUCCACCAAGCCUCAAUCUAGGACCAGUGUUAGGGUCAAAGCUAAAACUGAGAAGAUAGGAAACUCAGCCAAGGCUGCACCAGCAAGUAGGCCGGAGGCAAUUUCUCAACCUGUGAACAAUAGGAAGUCAGUCAAAGCUAAGAAAAGAAAAGCCAGCAAGGGAAAAGCAAGCAAGGCGAAGGGAGACUAUUGCGCAGCUGAGAGAAUUGACAACUACGACCCCAAAAACAACACAUAUUACAUAAAGUGGCAAGGAUAUGAUGCGUCCCACAACUCAUGGGUGAAAGCGGAAGACGUAACUUCUCCUCUCAUCUCUUCUUACAAAGAGAAAUUAGGUUCCGGAACGCACAAGAAAUGAUGCACCUCAUGUCUUUCGAUUGUUGAAAGGAUUGAUGUGAAUUGAUGACAAUCCUCCCGCCUGUGUUUUUUUGUUCAGUGGAAUUCAUGUAUUUCGG